UAACAAGUUCAAAUGUCCAUAACACCAAACAUGAUGUAUGUAAAGUGUAAAUUGAACCCUAAGUUGACACAACCUCCUUAUAUAUAAAGUGAAAGAGAAGCAACAAGAAAGUGUGGCUUAAAGUGAUUAUAAAAAACCACCACCAGAAAAUUAUCUCUUGUCUUUCACUCUUUCUCUCUCUACAAACCAAACUUAGAGAGAGAAUCAUAGAACAACAACAACACAUCAAUGGAAACCACUUCAAGAUUACAUGACAUAGAUCAUCCAUCUUCAACCGACAGCAAUGCCCACACCGCCACCACCGCCGCCAUCACACCACCACACACACCCAAACCCGUUUCAAGAUCCGAACCCAACCCAUACCCAACCACCUUUGUUCAAGCAGACAGCAACAACUUCAAACAAGUAGUCCAGAUGCUAACCGGAUCCUCCGAAACAGCCAAACAUGCCUCAUCAAACCCAACCCACCACUCGGAUCCAAAUCCAAAUCCAAAUCCAACAAAGCUUUCAAACUCAAUACCGCCGAUCAAAACGGGUCAACAAAAGAAACAAGGGUUCAAACUCUACGAACGCAGAAACAGUUUGAAAAACGGGUUGAUGAUUAACCCGAAUUCGGGUUCGAAAUACGGGUCGCCCAGAUAUCAUGAAAUACUGUCUCCAAGCAUUCUUGAUUUUCCGUCGUUGGUGUUAAGUCCGGUGACGCCGUUAAUUGAAGAUCCGUUUAAUAAAACGUCGGGGAAUUCGUCGGAGGAAGAGAGGGUGAUUAAGGAAAAGGGGUUUUAUUUGCAUCCGUCGCCGAGGACGGCGGCGGCGGCGGAGCCGCAGCUGCUGCCGUUGUUUCCGGUGACGUCACCGCGGGUCACGGGGUCGCCGGAAUAAUAAUAAUAAAAAUAUAUUAAUAUUAUUAUUAUUGGGUGUUGAGAAAUGGGAAGUUUUUAAGAGGUUAGAGAUCUUUUGCCCAGUUGUACAAUUUGGAAUUUUGGAUACAUGUGAUUCCAUUUUUCAUAAAAAAAUACUUGAUAUUUAAUUUGGAAUUUUUUAUUUUUUGGUUUUA